AUUGUUUCACAAAGAAAAAGAAAAAGAAAAAUUGUCGUGCGUGCGUGCAUUGAAGAAUUCAUUUAGCAUUUAGCAUUUAGCAAGAACUAGAAGCCAAGCCAUGACCUCUGUGUGUGAGUUCUUGUAUCAGCUUUAUGCCAAAACAAUAGUUCUAUUAACCUACAUGCUCAUAGAACUUAUCCUCAUCAUUCAGUACCUUAAGUCAGAUACACGUCCAAUUUCAACCGCCCAAUACCUCAAUUUCAUUGAAGAGAAGAACCCCACAAUUCAGUUCACUAGAAGAUUGAAGGCAGAGAACAUAGAUUGCAGGGUGUGCUUAUCUGAAUUCCAAGAAGGGGAGAAAGUGAGGAAUCUCAAUUGCAGACACACAUUUCACAAGGAUUGUUUGGACCAGUGGUUGCAGCAAUACUGUGCUACUUGUCCACUUUGCAGGAACAAGGUGCUCCCAGAUGAUGUUGUGGCCAACCACAACUUGCUUCAAAAUCAGGCAGAAUAUGAUGGGAAUGAUGACCAACUUAUCUUUUUGUUAUCUGCAUUAAGGGGUGGUAGCACUUUGCACAGAUAUCUCUGAUCUAGUUCCAUAUACUGAUGUAUCCUUAUAUUUUUGUAUCUAUAUUAGUCUUUCAGAUUCAAGGUUAUAUAUAGUAAAAGAAAGAUUCUAACUACUUUCCCUGC